CAGCAGCUCUGCGCAGCCUCCUGAUACGUUACCUGGCCGAGAUCAAGCUCUGCAUCUCGUUGACUUUCCAUUUCCAACCAGAAUUUAGGCUCAUUGUGUCCUUUUAGCUCGAACAGUCAAGGUGGUCCUCUGCAGUUUGCUUUAUUCACAGACAAAGACAAGGAAACAUGGCUGUUGCAAACUUGCAAUACAUAACUCGGAUGAGCAGUGGCUUCAAAGUCUACAUCUUGGAAGGUCAGCCCAACCUAAGAAGUGAAGAUAGAUACAGGCAUAUGACAAAUGAGAGAGUUCGAGUACCACCAGUGCAUCCAGUCAAGCGCAAACACAGCUCUGAGCGUGGCCUAACAUUGGAAGAAAGGCGAGAGAGGGCACAGAGCAAAAGCAACAUGAGAAGUGCUCAGAGGCCAGCUGUGUUUAGUGUUCCCCAGAGCCCCACAUCCUCCUGGAGCCCAACCCCAAGCCCCACAUCCUCCUGGAGCCCAACCCCCAGCCCCACAGGUCAUCUUCCCCAUCAUGUGUAUCCCACACCACCUAUGGAUGAACCACUGGACCUAAUUAAGAAACCAAGGAAAGAGCCUGAGAGGACAGAGAAGAAAACAAAAAGCACUACAUCCACCAAUCAGAUACAGAUGCGUCCUUCUGUGAUCACCUGUGUCUCCUCUACAAGAAAGCCCACCUGCAGAUCUGAGUUCCGCAGCAGCCACUCCUCCACAGUGCUAUAUAAGCACAGCUAUGACCAUGUGGUGGAGGAGCAUUUCAAGAGAAGCCUGGGGAUGGACUACCAAAGGGCAAGCUCCCGCCAGCUCUCCAUCAGCGUCUCUGUGGAUGACCACUUUGCCAAAGCCUUGGGAGGGAAGUGGCUUGAGAUCAAAUCUAAAUCCUCCUCGUGCUCCUCGUCUACAUCCUCACCAUCCAGCAGCCCAAGUGUCACUCACUCCCCCAGCUACAGCCACAGCCCAAGCCAAGCUCCCAAAGAGUCUCCAAGUACCACUACUCCCACCUCCAGCUUCUGGUCAGUCAAAUAAAACUACAGAGACCUUUCCUGAAGAAAGAAUUAACUUUGAGUAGUUUUUUAUGUAAUACAACAGCAGGUCCAUGCUUUUCAACGAAUGGAAGCACAAUGGAAACAGUUAUUGAGCAAGGGUAGACUAGAGAACAGGAAUGCAGGAAUACUUACCUACUCUAUGGUUGAACCAUUGAGAGCAUCUCUAUGAGUCUAUGCCCUGUUUGUGGAAAAGGGGUUUAUUGGUCUAAUAUCAAGGGACAAGCAAAUGUUACAGUGAUGUGAUGUCUUUAUUUCUCUUCAUUUCUGUCCCAGACUUUUUAAUAGCAUAUAUAUCUCUGAAAUAGAUGGCCAUUAUAUUUCAGUAAAUGUGUCAUAUUUCAUGCGGUGAAGAUGCCACAACUUUCAUGAUUGUGUAUUUAUACUGUAUGCUUUUAACGAUCCUAGAUCCUAUUUUCUCAUACUAAACUACUGUGCUAAUCUACUGUACAAAUUUGUUUACCAAACCUGUUCAAUACAGUAACUUCGUGUUUUUGUAUAAAAUCAACUUAAAAAGGACAACUCAAAAAGAAAAACCUAUUUGUGACUGGAUAUUACAAGUUGAGGCUUUAUUAAAUAAAAUAUACUUAACUUAAAUUAACAAUAUUCUUGUAUGAAAAGCAACCUGGUGAUUUACGAAAACAUUUUGAGUGUGCAAUUUUUAUAUGAUGUACUUUGAAAAAUAUGGAGUGCUUUGAACACUGAUAAAAUGCAUUAUAUAAAUUCAAUAUAAUUACCUCCCUGGAGCCUAUGACUGUGAUUGUUGUCCAUACCUAAAAAAAAAAAU